AAUGGAACUUCAUAACGAUAGAACGUGUCUUACUUAGUGCUUUUCUAUAUUAUUUAAGACUUUAUUAUUCCUUAUUUGCUUCUUAAUUUUUGUGAAUUUGUUUUUCAUUCUUAAAAGUUUUUUAUAUGUAAUUAAUUAACAAGAAACAGCCAAAGGAAGUGCAAAACAUAACAAGCCACAAAGGUUAGAGUGUCUUACACAUCACAUAAUGGCACCAACGGACGGUAAUGGAAACGAUCUUCGUACCAGAAUCAGACGUACGCAGAGCGUUACUAGAGCAGAAGAGAUAACAGAUCAAGAGCAAAAACAAAGAAAAUCACAGCCUGAUAAGCCAAUCCACAAUCCACAAGAUUCUCUAUUCUCAUGGAGUUCAAAUUUCAACGACUUUUCUGGUCUUGUUAACUGGGGAUUUCUUCUACUUACAAUGGGUGGCAUUCGUCUGUUAUUAGAAAAUUUUAUUAAGUAUGGAUUUCGAGUUAAUCCAAUGGAAUGGCUAAUAGUUCUAACAGGAAGAAAUGAGGGUGAUAGCUCAUAUCCAUCAGUUGUAUUAGCUAUGUAUGUUUCAGUGCCAAUCGUUUUAUGCCUUAUCAUUGAGAAAGGACUUUCUGUGGACAUUAUUCCGGAAUCAACAGGCAAAAUAGCUCAUGCUCUCAAUCUUGUUGCUGUCAUUCUUAUUCCAAUUGUUGCCAUUAAUUUGAAAGGAAGUUCAUUCAGUUUGAUGGGAUCGAGUUCUGUAUGCUUCCUUUACUGCAUCGUAUUCACAAAAUUACUUAGUUAUGUGCAGGUCAAUCUUUGGUGUCGAACAUUCCAAAAAGGACAGAAGAUUUCGAUUUCUGGCAAGAGACGUGAGAGCUUCUCAAUUGCAGAAUUUGAAAGGAAACAACAAAGAAACAGCAAUGCUGAUCAAGAUGAAGGACUUCAAAUGAUGAUGAAUGGAAAAGUUAAAGAUCACGAACCUGCAAAAUUAGUCGAAUAUCCAGAUAAUCUUAAUCUUCGUGACUUAUUGUAUUUCUUAUGUGCACCGACUUUAUGUUAUGAGCUCAAUUUUCCAAAGACUAAUAGAAUAAGGAAGCGAUUUUUAAUCAAGAGAAUCCUCGAAGUUGUUGUUGGUGUAAAUAUUGCAAUGGCCUUAUUUCAGCAAUGGAUGAUUCCUAGUGUCAAAAACUCAUUGAUCCCAUUCUCGAAUAUGGAAUUUACAAAAGCUAGUGAGAGGCUGUUGAAACUGGCUAUUCCAAACCAUUUCAUAUGGCUUUGUAUGUUUUAUUUGAUGUUUCAUUCUUUGCUCAAUUUGAUUGGGGAAAUCCUACAAUUUGGUGACAGGUGCUUUUACAAUGAUUGGUGGAAUGCAAAUAAUGUCGAGUCAUUUUGGCGCCUGUGGAAUCUGCCUGUGCAUCGGUGGUGCAUUAGACACAUAUACAUUCCAUUGAUUGAUAUCGGAUACAGUAAAAAAACUGCAGCUACUGUUGUCUUUUUCAUCAGUGCCUUCUUCCACGAAUAUUUAGUAUCAGUGCCAUUGAAGACAUUUAAAGUUUGGGCAUUUUUAGGAAUGAUGAGUCAGAUUCCCUUGUCAUUUUUGUCAAAGUUUCUAGAGAAAAAUUUAGGCGAAAGAUGGGGUAACAUAAUGGUUUGGGCUUCCUUAAUUUUAGGUCAACCCCUUUGUAUUAUGGUUUAUUACCAUGAUUUUGUCAUUCAAAAUUACAAUAGUGCUGUAUCAGCUGAGUAAAUAAUAUUUUUGUAUACAAAGAAUAACUAAUUUAUAAAUUUUAUAAUGUAAUAAAAAGCUCCUUUUUGCCAAAGUCAA